GACAAUGACGAGAUGAGCUCCGAAUCUGCCGCGAUCGAGGCAGUUGCUUCGCUCUCCCGCCUCGUCAUCGGAUGCUUGGAGUAGACAUGGUGCUGCGCCCGUCGCGUUCCGCGGCGACGGCGGCGGCGGCGGCGGCGGCGGUGCUGCUGGUGGCGACCGGCUUCGUCUCUCUCUGCAGCUCCGACUCCGGCGAGGGCAUUGCCCUCGAUUCAUCAGCUCCCCUGGCCCGAUCGCCGUACCGGACCCUGUGUUCCCAGCUCAUCGAGCCCGCCGGUUAUCCUUGCUCCGAACACACCCUUCAAACGAAGGAUGGUUACUUAUUGGCUCUCCAGCGCGUCUCGUCGGGCAACGGAAAUUUCGGGGCGCAACGGGGUCCUCCUGUUCUACUUCAGCACGGGCUUUUCAUGGCAGGUGAUGCAUGGUUCCUAAAUGCUCCAGGCCAAUCACUAGGCUUCAUCCUAGCAGACCAUGGUUUUGAUGUCUGGGUUGGAAAUGUACGUGGAACACACUGGAGCCGUGGGCAUGUAUCUUUGUCAGAGAAAGAUAAGGAUUUUUGGGAUUGGAGUUGGGAAGAAUUGGCACUGUAUGACCUUGCAGAGAUGAUACGCAAUAUAAGUUCGACAACCAGCUCCAAAGUUUUUCUUGUUGGACAUUCGCAGGGAACAAUCAUGUCUUUGGCUGCUUUAACUCAGCCUGACAUUGCAGAAAUGGUAGAAGCUGCUGCCCUUCUAUGUCCAAUAUCAUACUUGGGACAUGUCAAUGCUCCUCUUGUUCUUCGAAUGGUCAGCAUGCAUCUUGAUCAAGUGGUUGUUGCGAUGGGAAUUCAUCAACUCGACUUUAGAAGUGAAAUCGGAGUCAACCUUUUAGAUUCUGUGUGCGAUGGACACAUAGAGUGCAAUGACUUGCUGACUUCCAUAACAGGGAAGAAUUGUUGUUUCAAUAACUCACGAGUGGACUUCUAUUUGGAGUAUGAACCCCAACCAUCAUCCUCGAAGAACAUGCGCCAUCUUUUCCAAAUGAUCCGCAAGGGCAGUUUUGCCAAGUAUGACUAUGGAAUGUUUAAGAACAUGAAGGUAUAUGGGCAGUUGAAACCUCCAGCAUUUGAUCUUAAACACAUCCCACAAACAUUGCCAUUGUGGAUGGCUUAUGGAGGCAAUGACGCGUUAGCAGACGUGGCGGAUCUCCAGCUCACUCUUGAAGAAUUGCGGUCCAAGCCAGAGUUACUGUAUGUAGAGAACUAUGGUCACGUAGACUUUCUUGUGGGGUUGAAGGCGAAGGAAGACGUUUAUGACCAUAUGAUUGGAUUCUUUAUGUCGUUUGGAAAAUCUUCAAGUUCUUGAACUGAUAGACUCCUGCAAGUUGUAAGCACACGCCCGACAUAAACAGUUCAUCAGAAAUGUGCGAAAGUAGUGAAGUUGUAUAGAAGUCGUGUAUCCACCAGCAUCUCUGUGAAGUUGAUGAGGCCAGGAUGUAUCUAAACAAAUACUGGAUGAUUAAGUUUCAAAGAAAUGCCUACGAGUCGAAAUCAAGUCAGAUGUGCCGGCUCUCAAAUGAAUUCGUAUCGGGAGCUGAAAGUUCUUAC